UUAUGUUUCCUUUCUUUCAACUGGGAGCCUUUAAAACAGCACAGUUGCUGGUUUUGGUUCAGUUAAACCGACAUCAUGGUGUCAGAGAAAGACGUUCUGGUGGCUGCUGCUGUUUUUGUUUUUGCCCUCAUUUCCCACAGCGAGGGCAUCAUUGGUGGCAGAGAGGCGGCUCCACACUCUCGGCCCUACAUGGCCUCCAUCCAGGUGCCAGAAGGAGAGACUAUGAAGCAUGAGUGUGGAGGGUUUGUGAUCGCAGAUCAGUGGGUGAUGACUGCAGUACACUGUCUGCCAACAGGGCCAAACGGGAGGAAAGUUGUGCUGGGAGUUCAUUCUCUGAGUGAACCUGAAGAGACACAGCAGACAUUCGAUAUUUUGGAACUUCACAAUCACCCCGACUUCAGCAUGUCAAAUUAUGAUAAUGACAUUGCUUUAAUUAAGCUGGAUCGUCCAUUUAACGCCUCUGAAGCCGUUAAAGCUGUGGAAUACCUGAGAGCAGGUGGCACAAACCCUCACACAGAUGCAGAGGUUGAAACAGCUGGUUGGGGCUCCCUUGAUAACCUGGGGACCAGACCAGACAAGCUCAAAGAGGUGGUGGUGGAGGUGGUCAGCUCGACUCGGUGCAGGCGCAGCGACUACUUUGGCAAAAAGUUCACCAGCAACAUGAUGUGUGCACACAAAGUAUGCUCAGACCCCUGCGAUCAACCGCAUAAGAAAGAAGACAGCUGUGAUGGUGACUCUGGAGGUCCUCUGCUCUACAACGGCAUUGCAGUGGGCAUCACUUCCAACGGAGGAAAGAAGUGUGGCCAAAUCAAAAAGCCUGGAAUUUACACUGUCAUCUCCCACUACACCGAGUGGAUUGACAACACCAUGGGCCUGCAGCCUGCUGCGACAGAGGGCCCGAGCAGCUAAAUAAAGGAGAGCAAGCAUUCCAGUUAUUAAUCAUCAGCCAUGUUCCUGCCACAAUCAUGCUUCUACUGAGGAUAUUAAGCCAAUGCGUUAUAAUGUCCAAUAUGUUGGACAUUUGCAUCUAAUGCACGGCUCUAGAGAUAGAUCUCCAGUAUGCUGAAUGUACUACAACCACCUGUACAAACAGAUUAUCCAAAACACACCUCACAUUAUUUUAUCAAAUCACUUUAUGAAGGAAUCAAUAAAAAACAGUUGAUCACA